AUGUCUUCGUCGAAAUUAGAUUCUCCGUAUUCUGCUAGUUGCGGACAAGAUAGUUACGAUUUUAAUGACGAUCAAGAUGAUCCAGACGAUGGAGAUGAGGAUUCUGAUGAAGAUACUGAAGAUGCAAGUGAAACUGAAAUAGGAAAAUCUGAAGAAUACACAGAAAUAAAAGAACAAAUGUAUCAAGACAAGUUAGCAAAUCUUAAAAAACAAUUACAACAGUUAAAAGAUGGCACACAUCCUGAAUAUAAUAGGUUAAAUAAAAAAUUAGAACAGGAAUACAAAGAUCGUUUAACAUUAAACAGUGUAUCUAAAGCAUAUUUAAUUGACAGAGUUGAAAGAGACUUUAUUAACGAAAUGAAAGCAGCAGCUAAAGAAUACGAAGAGAAAAAAAUCGAAUUGAAAGAAAAUUUAAUAGCAGAAUAUGAAGAAAAGAGAAAAAUGAUUGAAACAGAAAGGCAUAGUUUGGAAUUACAUGGUGACUCGAUGGAAGUUAAACCUGUCAUGACGAGAAAAUUAAGAAGGAGACCGAAUGAUCCGUUACCAGUGCCAGAAAAAAGAAGAAAACCACCGCCUGCACAAUUAAAUUAUUUAUUAGAUGAAAAAGAAAUAGAAUUAGAUUUAAAAAUUAUUAGUCGUGGUAGAUCUCUUCCGCCUCAAAUAAGGAGGGUGCCUUUGCCUGGUAGUUUAGGAGUACCACCUCCAGUACCUCAAAAUGAUUCUUCUUGCCAUGAACCGAGAAUAGAAGAUGGAAAGCUUAGAUAUGAAAAAAGGUUUUUUCACAGGGGACAACCUGUUUUCGUCGAAGGAAAAGACAUUCCUAGAUUUGCAGCUAACAUUCACAAUAUCGGAACAGAUGUGAUUUGGGUAAAAAAAGUAUCAGAUUCGAGUAGAUUUAGAAUAUUUUUAUCACAACUUAGUAAAAAAAAAAUUCACAUCGAAAGGAGAGUUCCUUAG